CCCAAAGCAAAUUCACACCAAACUAAGCCCUCAUAUUCUCUACAACUUACUCUCCUUCCCUCUCAGACCUAGCUUUUCUAGUUCGAGUGAUAACUACGUACUCUUAAGUAUAUCAUGGCUAUUCGAGUACCAGGAAUCAUGCAUGCUAAGCAGAUCUUGCGCCAGUCAAACUUGUUUGUGAACAAGGCGAGUUCAACGUCUUCUGUGGGAGUUCCAAAAGGAUAUGUCGCUGUGUACGUUGGAGAGAGUGAAAGAAAACGAUUUGUGGUUCCGAUAUCGUUUUUGAGUCAGCCUUUGUUCCAAGAGCUGCUAAGUAAGGCGGAGGAGGAGUACGGGUACAACUAUCCAACAGGCGGACUCACGAUUCCUUGCAGAGAAGACAUCUUCAUUGACCUCACUUCUCGACUGAAUGGAUUGUGAUUCACAGCAUGCAUCCUUUAAUUACACUUAUGAUUUUUGUAAACUGAUUGAUCUUGUACAUUAUUUUUGUUUCCAUCGCUUUCUGAAGCUGAAGGAAAUUGGCUAACCACCAAAAAGUUGAUGAAUUUCUUACAAAUUUUCUUUCAUCGAUUCCCAAAUCGAUGAAAUAACUAUUGAAUUUUUCUUCUUUCUAUUUAGGAAUCAAGGUUCAAUUAAUGUAAGCCAUCAUUACUUUAUUCUCUA